CUUUUAGUGCUGUGGGGGAGAAGAUUAUAAAAUCCUUUCAUGCUACGUGUCCGACUUUUAUUGUGAAAGAGACCGGAUCCUCCCCCGCGCGUCUCAGUUCGCUCUUUACAGUCAGCGCUGAUCGGUGGAGCUGUCGGUGCUCGGACACAGAAUCCGUUAAAGACCCGGGUCUGGGCCGGACUACAGGACCCUUUCCACGUCCUGAACCCCUCAUCCCGGCUCCGUGUGGGUCCGCGGGGCUGCUCCCGGGUCCGGCUCCAUGGCCUGAUCCGAUCCGGAUCCUUCGCAUCUGAAAAUCUCCGAGAUGCUCCGAGCUCUCUGCAGCUGCAGCAAAACACCGACACCGACACCGGCCCCGGGACUCAGCGAUGCUUUUCAGACGGAGAGCCAGGAUGUUGCGAUUGCUGGUGUGUGGUCGGCUGGGUCCGGUCUGGAUGUGGAAAGCCCUGCUGCUCUUCGUGGCCAUCGGGUUCGCCGGCCAGCUGCUCGGGGUCAUCUUCAACAAGAGCAGCGUCCAGCCGGCCGGCCGCUCCAUCUUCUCGUCCCCUGACGCUCAGGGCCCCUCGCUGGGCUCCUGUCAGCCCCACACGCACAUGAUGUUCCUGAAGACCCACAAGACGGCCAGCAGCACCGUGCUCAACAUGCUGUACCGCUUCGGGGAGGAGCGGGACCUCCGCUUUGCCCUGCCGCUCGGAUACCAGCUGGGAUACCCGCUGCCCUUCAACGCUCACAGGGUGAAGGGGUACAGAGGCCCCCGGGCCGUCGAGUUCAACAUCAUGGGCAACCACAUGAGGUUUAACAAGCCGGAGGUGGAGAAGGUCAUGCCUGCUGACACGUUUUACUUCUCCAUCGUCAGAGACCCCGUGGCGCUCGCUGAGUCUUCCUUCGCUUAUUACAAAGAAGUCGCUCCGGCCUUCAGGAAAGCUAAAGGUUUGGGCGACUUUGCCGACGAUCCCAGAAAAUACUACGACCCUCGUCUCCGUAACAACCACUACGCCCGCAACCUGCUGUGGUUCGACUUCGGCAUGGACCACAACGCUAACUUCUCCGUGGCGCUGGCUCAGCGAGGGACGGCCAUGAUCCGGCGCGCCUUCAAGCUCAUUCUGGUCUCGGAGUACUUCGACCAGUCCAUGAUCCUGCUCAGGCACGCGCUCUGCUGGCCGCUGGACGCCGUCGUCUCCUUCAGCCUGAACGCUCGACAGCAGAAGCCCAGCAGCGUCGGGGGGAUCGGGGGGAGCUGGGUGGGGAAAGCGGCGGCGGCAGCGGGCGUUGGCGGCAGAGUAGGACGUCUACAAGCAAAGUCGGUGCCCAACCUGUCGCUGACGGAGGAUCAGCGUGAGAAACUGCGUCAGUGGAACGCCCUAGACUGGUACUUGUACAAAGCCUUCAACAAGACCUUCUGGGAGGAGAUCGGGAAGUUCGGCCACGCCCAGAUGGAGCAGGAAGUGGCUCUCCUCCGGACGCGGCGGGACGACCUGGCCCGGGUUUGUCUCAGGGACGGAGGGAAGCCUGUGGAGGCGCAGAGGAUCCGAGACCGAAACAUCCGACCGUUCCAGAGCGGAUUAGUGAAGAUCCUGGGCUACGAGCUGCACCCGGGGCUCGAUAACGCCACCAGGACGGCGUGCCUGAGGAUGAUCCGCCCGGAGAUCCAGUACAAAGACGUGCUGGAUUUUAAACAGUUCCCCCGCGUGGCUGCGGCGCCCGCCCCGGCUCAGGCGGGGCAGCAAGGCGGGGUCGCAGCCGGCGGGUCUUUUUUAAGAGCGGACUCGUCCAGGACAGCAGAGAGGGCGAUGGGAGGGGGGGAGGUAGGGGGGAGGACAGUGGAGGAGGGGGGGAGGGACUGGGACGGGAGCCGUUUAAAAAAAAACAACCAGACUCUGACAGAAGGAAGAGCGCGGCUCAGAUAGUCCCCUGAAAAAAAACACACAAAAAAAAAAACACGGUACAGAUGGAUGAAGCUGAACUCUGAGCCGACGAGUUUACACGAGAGGAGAUGAAAAGGUUCGUCGUCUGCCCCUCCUCCUCUACUUCUUCUUCUUCUUCUUCUUCUCUGCUUGUUUUUCUUACAGACUGCCCUCUGGGCUUCACUCGGCGUGACUCUGUCAUGGGACCUCCGAGCGGCUGGCGGCGCCCCGGCUGCAGCUGGCGGGCGUUUGUUGGUCUCUGCAGGAGGUGAAGGGACUGUUUGGUGUUUCAUGAGGAGACGUGUCUGCAGGUCCUGCUGCUGUUCAUCCCGCUCUGUGUGUUCAUACAUGUUCAUAGUUAUACUGUGAGAGCUCGCAGUUCUUCACACUGACCUCUCGUGCGUUUCCGUUUCUGAGCAUCUGUUUGUCUGUUUUGAUGAAGCGUGUCAGAAUGUGUGAUGCUGUUGGACGCCACGUGUUUACAAACGAUACGAUCCAUAGAAUUCAAAGAGCACUAAGAACGUUCUGAUCGCUCUUUC